AAGCCCGCGGACCAUACCACCAUUUCUAGCGGUCUUUCCCUCGUGAAUCGCUGGGACAUUGUACCACAUAGCAAUCGCAUCAUCAUCAUCAUCAUCAUCAUCCAUCCAGACUUCAAACUCUCUUAUCCCCGCGUAUUGCCAUGUAGGCAGCGUCAUAGUUCACUCCAAGACCGCUGCUCCCUCUAUUCUACUAAUUGCUCCAAAUUCUCGUGCGAAUCCAGUGAGCUCGCACCCUAGUAACCUGAUCGAUCCCUGGCCGUAAGGCAAAUCCCCCGACUUCCCGCGUCUCGCCAGCUCAGCGCUUCUUUUCCCGCACGAGAUUCGACAUUCCAGACUGAGUGGCAAACCGAGAAGCCAUGGCAGGCUGUGACGGCCCCAGACACCGCCGCAGAAGUCGCAAAUCGUGGCAAAGUAUGCACCACGCCGUGAAUCAAACAAUCUCAGCAUCAGGCGGCGCUACAUCGGCCGUGCCGUCCGCCGCAUCGCCCGCCCUGAUCUGCAUGGGUUCAUCCGUCAAUCACAGGCCGUCAGCGCCUACACCUGCAUCAACGGCGGCAACGGUCGGCCUCUCCGCCUCCCCCGCCGCCUCCGCCUCCGCCUGCUCGUCUUCCUCCGCCGCGACCCUUCCGCCGCCCUCAUGCGCCUCCUCCACCGCCUCCCCGCCCUCUUCCUCCGCUUCCGCUCCGCCGACAGCCGGCGCAAGCGCGUGCUCCGCCGCGUCGGGCUCCGCGUCCUGGUCGACCUCGGCGUCGCCGUACAUUCAAGCGAAGCACUAUCAGCUCGUGGGCAAGGACCCCGACCGCGCCGUGCAGCUCUUCUCACAGGCGAUAGCCUCGGGCGACCGCGUGGACAGCGCGCUCAAGGACCUGGCGAUCGUGCUGAAGCAGCAGAACAAGGCGGACGCCGCCAUCGCCGCCGUGCAGCAGCUGCGCCACAAGUGCUCGGACGCGGCGCAGGAGUCGCUCGAUAAUAUCCUGCUGGACCUGUACAAGCGGUGCGGGCGCGUGGAGGAUCAGAUCGCGCUGCUGAAGCACAAGCUGGAUCGGAUUCGGCUCGGCGUUGCGUUCAACGGUCGCAAGACGAAGACGGCGCGGUCGCAGGGGAGGAAGUUCCAGGUGUCGCUGGAGCAGGAGGCGACGCGGCUGCUGGGGAACCUGGGGUGGGCGUACAUGCAGUGCACCAACUACAAGGCGGCGGAAUUCGUGUACAGGAAGGCGCUGCGCAUCGAGCGCGACAACAACAAGCUGUGCAACUUGGCGCUGUGCCUGCUCAAGCAGCGCAAGGUGCGCGAGGCCCGCCGACUUCUGCUCUCCGUCACCGGGCCCAGCGGCGCCAACGCUGACCCGCACCACUCCCACAGCAGCAGCGGCAGCAGCGGCAGCAAUGAUGCGGAUGGUGCUUCUGCUGUUGCUGCAGCUGCCGAGUCUGCCGAUGCCACCACUGAUGCUGCUGAUGAUUCUGCUGCCGCUGCUGAAGCAGCUGCUGUUGAUGCUUCUGGCGGUGUUUCGGAGACUUGUUUGGAAGAGUCAGCGGCGUUUGAAGACAAGGCAGAGGCGCAGAUUGAGGAGGGUGGCGGCAUGACCGACGCCAGCAGAGGCAGUGGCAGCGGAAAAAACAGCAGCAGCAGCAGCAGCAGUGCCUCAGAUUCCCACAUGAAGGCCCUGGAUCGCGCGCGGGAGAUGCUGCGCCUGCUGGAGGACGACGCCGCGUCAGGACCGGCAGACGAGGACGACGAGCAACAGCAGGAGGAGGGGGAGGAUCGAGGCGGUGACGAAGAGCAGGAGGCUCCCGCUGGAAGCGGAAAGGGGAGCGGAAGAGGGAAGGCGGGUGGUGCGCAAGAGGGUGGCUCGGAUGACGGUGAGCGGAGCGCAGAAGAGGGUGGCGCGGAAGAGGCCGCGGGAGAGGGCGCGGGAGAGGGCGCGGGAGAGGGCGCGGGAGAAGAGGAAGAGCGCACGGCGACGCUGCAGGAGCUGCUGGGAACGGACAGCACGUGGGACUCGCUGCUGCCCCUGGGACACUCUCUCCACGCCUCGCCCUCUGCUGCUCCCUCUUCCACCGCUGCUGGUGUGACCGGUGCUGGCGGUGAUGACAGCGCGGCGCACGGCACCCACAGGGCGGGCUCAGGGUCUGAGGGGAGCAGAGAGCAGCUGAAGGGUAAGCAGCAGCCGCAGCAGCAGCAGCAGAUGCACUGGCAGGGGCAGGGGCAGCAAGGAGGUGCUACUCGGGACAGCAAGGCUGAAGAAUCCGAUCAGGACAAGAAACAGCAGGGUGGUGCGCAGGCGUGGAAGCACCAUCACCAGCAGCAGCCACAGCCACAGCCACAGCAGCAGCAGCAGCAGCAGCAAGGUGGGGGAGGCGGCAGGCGAGGGAGUGGAUGGGGAUCGAGACGUGCUCCUCGAGCGUACAGCUGGAGUGCUCAGCCAUGCGGCAGCAGCAGCAGCGGUAACGCCCCCUCUUCCACCACUGCAGCUGCGGCUGCAGCUGCUGCCGCCGCUGCUGCUGCAGCGUCUGGGGCAGCUGUGGCUGGUGUUCCGGUCUCUCCUCUUGGCUACAUGAUCCCGCCCAUGCUUCCGCCCUCUAUGCCUCUUGGCAGUGCUGCUGCGGCAGCCUCCCUUGGCUCGUCCAUGCACCUCAUGAUGCCUGCAUCCCCUGCCGCUGCUGCUGCAGCUGCUGCCGCCGCUGCUGUGGCGGCUAAUGCUGCGGCUGCAGCUGCUGCUGCUGCUGCCUCGGGUGCGCCCUGCCCCAGGUUCUACCUGCCGUACAUGUCUCUCAUGCCUGGCCUGUAUAACCCGUCCCAGUUUGGGGAGAGCAACGGCGUCGCACCCUCUGCUGCCACUACCGCAGCUGCUGCCGCCGCCGCUGCGGCUGCUGCAUCCCGUGUGCCGCUUGCUUAUGCGCGACGGCAGCAACAGCAGCAGCAGCAGCAGCGUCAGCCACAGGCGCUAGCGGCAUCACUUCAAGACGGGUCAGCGAGUGGAGGCAAGGGAGGAUUUGUCUCUGCCGGCGCAGCUGGUGGCGGCAGCUCCAGAUGCUCUCAGCUUGGCUUGGCACCUACUUACCAGGCAACAAUUGCAGCAGCAAGAGCCACCGGUGGUGAUCGUGGUAGUCUUAGUGGUGUUGGGCGCACUGCCUCGUCACCCCCCUGCCCUGGUGCCUCCUCCUCUACUGUGCCAUCUGCCAUGAGGUCUCCUCCUGCCACUCACAUGCCUUGGCACCUCCAGCAUCAGCAUCUGCAGCAGCAGCAGCAGCAGCAGUGGCAGCAGGAGGUGAUGAUGAUGCAGCAUAGUGACAACAGCCCUGCAUGGAUGCAUGGGUCAUACGGCUCAUUGGACGACAUGUAUGCCCUUUCCGAUACCACGCCCAUGACAUGCGAUGACAUGUCCAUUGCACCAUCGGAGCUCCAUCACCCAUGCCACCCCCACGUUGUGCAAACAGCCACCCCUCCUGCCCGCACCGUAACGUUUGACCUGCCCGAAACUCUGGACCUGGAGGAAGGCGAGGAGGAGCGGGAGGAGGCAGGGUCGGAGCGGCUGCUGGUGGCUGCAGCUGCGGCUGCGGAAUGGAGGCAGACGAGGCUGGCUGGAAUGGCUAGGAGCUCUGACAUGGCUCUGGGGAUGUAUGACGAGGAGGAGUAUGCUGCAUUUGAUGGCGAUGCCGCUGCCGCUGCUGCCGCUGCUUCUGCUGCUGCUGCUGCUAGUGCCGCUGCCGCUGCCGCUGCCGCUGCUGCUGCUGCUGCUGCUGGUAGUGGUGGAGAAGAUGCCUUCGCGUUUGAUGGCCUGGAGGGGAGUGGUUCUGGGCGAACCAUCAGCAGCAGCAGCAGCGCCAGCAGCGCUAGUAGCUGUGGGCGCGGCCGGGACUGGAUCUGCGGGCGUGGGGAGUGGGGUGACGAGUCGGAUGAUGAUGAGGAGGAGGCGGUGGAAGGGGUCGGGUAUGCAGGCUCUGGAUAUGCAGGAAUCGCUGCUGCUGCUGCCUCGCCUGCUACUUCUGCUUAUGCUUCUAAUUAUGGUCUGUGUGGGGUUGGAGAGGAAGGUGUCUCUCUUCCGGUGCAUGACGCGCCAAGCUAUGCUGUCAAUGCAAACGGCAGUGGCUCAUACAACCCAGCCCACGCUGAGACCGCCAAAUCGAUGGUAUUUUCGACUAUUUCUGCUAAAUCCAGCCCCCAGAGCGGGCCCAUUUCGCCUGAGAUUCGCUCCCAGCUGGGAUGGUUCAACCAAGGGAUCUCCCCUGACAGCACCAGCAGCAGCAGGAGCCUCAGCAGUUGCCCCAGCAGUGUUCAGAUGAGCCCGAACCUGCUGCCAUCAGCAGGUUGGGAGAAUGCUGGAGUUCUUGCGCGAAAGGAUGGUAACAUCGUCGCUGACGGCACUGGCUGUGCUGACGACCUGGAUCUCCUCUGUGGUUCUUCGGCGAAAUUCGAUUCGUCUGUGGGCGACUUGACGGGAUCCGGCUACAGUUACAGCUUCGAAUCUGUGGAGAGCGUUGUUCGCAACAUCAUUUUCGAGUCUCAAUCGGACGGCACCGAGCGUUCUGCCGCCAACGGCCGGAUUGGUUCGGCAGUCCCGACAGAGAAAGAGAGCAGUCGCCAGCUGACGUGGCGCGACGACUUUAACGGAGGUGGGUCGAGGCUGCCCGUUUUUGCACGGCUAGCGAGAUGACGACCUGCUUGCAUACAGCAAAUACGCUUGUCCACAUUCAUACUGAAUGUGAGCUGCCCUAAGGCAGCUAUUCCAUUCUCUAGAUUUGUCAACAUGUGUUGGUUUUUUGGGGUUACAAGCAAUGCCCCAAAGAUGUGCUAUACUACUAGCUUUUAUUUCUGAGCAGGAUUGCUUACAAAGCGACCAACCUUGUGUGUUUUUGGGGGUUUAGAUGUUUAUCCAUCAUUAGUGCA